AUGGAUGCUCGUCACCCACAAGAUGACGUCCACAGCCUCUCGCUGCGCGAUCCAGAAGCCUUCUGGAGCGCCCAGGCCGCCCGCCUGCACUGGGAUAAGCCGCCUUCGCGCGCCCUCGAUCUUACCACCAAGACCCUGCCCGGCAUCGGCGUCCGGCAUCCUCAUUGGUCGUGGUUUCCCGACGGCGAGAUGAACAUCACCUACAAUUGCAUCGACCGCCACGUGCUCGCCGGUAAUGGCGGCACCGUGGCCAUCGCUUGGGACUCGCCCGUCUCGGGCUCCAAAGAGAAAAUUACGUACCAGCAGUUGCUGGACGAGGUUGCAAUUCUGGCCGGCGUUCUGCGAGAAGAGGGCGUGAAGAAGGGCGAUGUUGUGCUCAUUUAUAUGCCAAUGAUCCCGGCGGCAUUGUUUGCUAUGCUAGCAGCUGCGAGGCUGGGAGCCAUUCACGCGGUGGUGUUCGGAGGGUUUUCUUCCGGCUCUCUGGCGCAAAGAAUAGAGGCGUCCAGACCGAGCGCGAUUCUAACUGCUUCCUGCGGCAUUGAAGGCGCAAAGGGUCCUCUUGGCUAUCAAAAACUCGUUCAAGAUGCUGUCGAAAAGAGCAGCUUCAAACCCCCGAAGACCAUCGUCUGGCAACGCGACCAGCUCCGCUGGGAUCCGGUAGCCAAAGAGAAUGGGGAGAGAAACUGGCAAAGAAUUGUCAAGAGCGGUAGAAACAGAGGCGUCAGGGCGGAGCCCGUCCCGGUAAAAUCAACAGACGGCCUAUACAUCAUCUAUACGAGUGGCACCACUGGUCUUCCAAAAGGGGUCCUCCGGGAAGUCGGCGGCCAUGCCGUCGGGCUCAAUUUUUCCAUGCGGUACAUGUUCGGCCUCAAACGACCCGGCGAUGUGAUGUUUUGUGCAUCGGACGUCGGGUGGGUGGUCGGGCACUCGUACAUCGUCUACGGACCUUUGCUCGCCGGCGCGACCACCGUCCUUUUCGAGGGUAAACCAAUCGGCACGCCGGACGCAGGCACAUUCUGGCGAAUCGUCGAAGAGUACAAGGUCAAGACCAUGUUCACCGCCCCGACAGCCCUGCGGGCGAUCCGGAGAGAAGACGGGGAUAACACCUACUUCGAGAAGACCGGCGCACGUGGCGGGCUAAAAACUUUGACCGCGCUGUUCCUGGCGGGCGAGCGGAGCGAACCGAGCAUUGUGGCCAUGUACCAGCGGCUCCUGGAUAAACACUGCGCCGCCAACGCGGUCGUCAACGACAACUGGUGGAGCUCCGAGUCCGGCUCGCCAAUUUCGGGGCUCGCGUUGAAUGCAGCAGCUGGGAGGGAUUUUGACGCUGUGGAGAGCCCGAGGCCGUUGCCGAUCAAGCCCGGGUCCGCGGGUAAACCGAUGCCUGGCUUUAACGUCAAGGUUGUCGACGACGACGGCAACGAGGUCGGCCGGGGCACCAUGGGCAACAUUGUGCUCGGGAUUCCGCUCGCGCCCACCGGCAUGACCACCCUGUGGCAGGACGAAGAGCGAUUUUACAAGGGAUACAUGAAGAGGUUCAACGGGCGCUGGAUCGACACGGGCGACGCGGGCAUGGUCGACAGCGACGGAUACGUGCAUGUAAUGUCCAGGUCGGAUGAUAUUAUCAACGUUGCAGCUCACCGUUUCAGCACCGGCGCGAUCGAGCAGGCGAUCACAUCGCAUCCCGGCGUGGCGGAAGCGUGCGUGGUUGGGAUUCCCGACGCGCUGAAGGGCCAUCUGCCGUUCGCGUUCGUGACGCUGGCGACCCACGAGCACCCGGGGCCGGCGCUGCCAGACCAGCAGCUGUUCCAAGAGGUGCAGGGCUCGGUUCGCGAGCAGAUCGGGUCAAUUGCCAGUCUCGGCGGGAUGAUCCAGGGCAAGGGCAUGAUCCCGAAGACGCGGAGCGGCAAGACGCUGCGGCGGGUGCUGCGCGAGCUCGUGGAGAACGCGGUGCACGGCGAGGAGGACAAGGAGGUGCAGGUGCCGGCGACGGUCGAGGACGCGGGGGCGGUCGAGGUCGCGCGGGCGCGGGUCAAGGAGUACUUUGCGGCCAAGGGCAGGGGCGCGCACCAGGCGGUGGAAGCGAGAGCGAGGCCGAAGCUGUAG